CGCUCCUCCGCCCGCCCCUCGCCGCCGGGAGCGGCUCCAGCGCCGCCGGGGCCGGGAGUUGCGCGGUGCCCGGCCGCGCCAUGGGCUUCGACCCGUCGCGGUUCGCGGCGCCGGUGGCGGCGGAGCUGCAGUGCAAGCUGUGCGGGCGGGUGCUGGAGGAGCCGCUGUCCACGCCGUGCGGACACGUCUUCUGCGCCGGCUGCCUGCUGCCCUGGGCGUCCCGGCGCCGGCGCUGCCCGCUGCGCUGCCGGCCGCUGGCGGCCGCCGAGCUGCGCCCCGUGCUCCCGCUCCGCAGCCUCGUCCAGAAGCUGGAGGUCAAGUGCGACUACAGCCCGCGGGGCUGCGGCCGCACCGUGCGGCUGCGGGAGCUGCCCGCGCACCUGGCAGCGUGCCGCUACGGCCCCGCCGAGCCCCAGCCCCCGGGCGGGCGGCGGUGCCCGCGGGAGCCGCGACCCGGGGCGAAGAGGGACGCCCUGCGCUGGAGCAGGAGGGAAAAGUCGCUGCUGGCGCAGCUCUCGGCGCUGCAGAGCGAGGUGCAGCAGACGGCGCGGCGCUACCAGGCGAAGUUCGGGCAGUACAUGAGCCACAUCGGCAGCGUCGCCCGUGACCGGGCGGGCGGGCAGCCCGGCAAGGCGAAGGGAGGAGAACCCAAACCAUUAACAGUCAUGCUACACCGAGAAAAUGAUACUUUGGGAUUCAAUAUUAUAGGAGGACGACCCAAUCAGAACAAUCAGGAGGAAUCUGCUGAGGGAAUUUAUGUGUCAAAGAUUUUGGAAAAUGGACCUGCAGACAAAGCAGAAGGUCUGCAAAUUCAUGACAGGAUUAUUGAGCCAGAGGUCAAACUGAGAACUUCCAGGGUGGUGACUUCAAGCUCUUCGUUAUGUGAUACCCUGCUGUGGUUUCCUGAGGUCAAUGGAAAGGACCUCUCCAAGGCCACUCAUGAAGAGGCAGUGGAAGCUUUUCGCAAUGCCAAGGACCCGAUUGUAGUUCAGGUUUUACGACGAGCCCCCAUUAGCAAAGCUCAUGGUAGUUCUCAGGAUGUUCAGCUUGUGGAUGUCAGCACUCAGACUGACAUCACUUUUGAGCACAUUAUGGCUCUGGCCAAAUUAAGGCCUUCCACACCACCAGUUCCUGAUAUCUGCCCUUUUCUGCUUUCAGACAGCUGCCACUCUCUUCACCCAGUGGAGCAUGAAUUUUAUGAAGGUAAUGAGUAUCUAUCCAGCCUGCCUGCUGAUGCUGAUAGAGCAGAGGACUUUGAGUAUGAGGAGGUGGAGCUGUGUCGUAUUAACAGCCAGGAGAAGCUGGGGCUGACUGUCUGUUACCGAACCGAUGACGAGGAGGACACAGGGAUCUAUGUCAGCGAGGUUGAUCCCAACAGCAUUGCUGCCAGAGAUGGACGGAUCCGUGAAGGAGAUCGCAUUUUGCAAAUAAAUGGCCAAGAUGUCCAGAAUCGGGAAGAGGCAGUGGCAUUGCUCUCCAGUGAAGAAUGCAAGAAAAUUGUGUUGCUGGUUGCAAGACCAGAGAUGCAGCUGGAAGAAGGGUGGCUGGAUGAUGAAAGGAAUGAAUUCUUAGAGGAGUUAAACUUGGAAAUGUUGGAAGAGCAGCAUAAUGAAGCAAUGCAGUACACAGCCAACGAGAUGGAUCAGCCAAAGAAACAUGAAGAGGAGGAUGGCACGACAGACACUGCAACCUCAUCAUCCAACAAUCAUGAGAAGGACAGUGGGGUGGGACCUACAGAUGAAAGUCUGCGUAAUGAUGAGAGCUCAGAGCAAGAAAAUGUGCCUGAGGAGCAGAACAGCGCUACCCUGCAGAACAAACGGGAGCUGGGUCACAGCCAAGAUACGUUAGGAAGUGUUGAGCUCCAGUGCAAUGAAAGUUUUGUGUCUGGGGAAUACAUUGAAUCUGAUUUCAUAGGAAACCCAGAAGAGGAAUGUGAAAGGUUUCGACAGUUGUUGGAACUGAAGUGCAAGAUUCGAAACCACGGGGAAUAUGACCUGUACUACUCGAGCAGCACGAUAGAGUGCAACAGAAGAGAGCAAGAUGGAGUGGAGCAUGAGCUGCAGCUACUCAAUGAGGAACUGAGGAACAUUGAACUUGAAUGUCAGAAUAUCAUGCAAGCUCACCGGCUCCAAAAGGUGAGGGAUCAGUACGGAGACAUUUGGGCUUUACAUGAUGAAGGGUUCAGGAAUUAUAACACUAGCAUUGAUGUACAAAGAGGCAAACUGGAUGACAUCAUGGAGCACCCUGAGAAGUCUGACAAGGACAGCUCCAGUGCCUACAACACGGCUGAAAGUUGCAGGAGCACUCCGCUGACAGUGGAACGAUCCCCGGAUAACUCUCUCCAGAGGAUGAUCAGCAUCACCAACAGGAAAAACCUGAGGAGCACAGUUGUGUCUAAUCAGUCAUCCUCAGGACAAAACAACAGAGAGACAACCUUAGCCAAAACCAAACCCACUGAGCAAAACAGUGCUGCUGAGGACACAGUGCUGGCAGCAGAAAGUGGCAAAUUCACAGAUCAGGAAAAGCAGAGCAGUGAGCACAUUCCUUACCUGUCUCCAUAUCACAGCUCUUCUUACAGGUAUGGGAAUAUACCUGCUCAUGCAAAGCAUUAUCAAAGCUAUAUGCAACUGAUCCAGCAGAAGUCUGCUGUGGAGUAUGCCCAAAGCCAGCUCAGCCUGGUGAGCAUGUGCAAAGACUCACAGAAGUGUGCAGAGCCCAAAAUGGAAUGGAAAGUGAAAAUAAGGAGUGAUGGGACGAGGUACAUCACAAAGAGACCAGUUCGAGACAGAAUCCUGAAGGAACGUGCCUUAAAAAUUAAAGAGGAACGCAGUGGUAUGACGACAGAUGAUGAUACGAUGAGUGAGAUGAAGAUGGGUCGCUACUGGAGCAAAGAAGAGCGGAAGCAGCAUUUGGUGCGAGCUAAGGAGCAGAGGAGGCGGCGGGAGUUCAUGAUGAGGAGCAGGCUGGAGUGUCUCAAGGAAAGUCCACAGAGUGGCAGCGAGGGCAAAAAGGAAAUAAACAUUAUUGAACUGAGUCACAAAAAGAUGAUGAAAAAGAGAAACAAGAAAAUCUUGGACAACUGGAUGACAAUCCAAGAACUGAUGACACACGGUGCUAAAUCCCCAGAUGGCACAAGAGUGCACAAUGCCUUUUUAUCAGUUACUACUGUAUGAACACAACUUCUUUCAGAGAGUAUACUACCAGUUUGGGUAGAGUACGAUUGCCUCGUUCAAUGUGGCAUUUUUAUAUAUUUUGUGACUGUUUAUAGUUUGACCUUUUUUGUAAGCAAAAUUACCUGGUAAUUUUUCAUUUGUUUUUCAUAUAACGGUACCUUCUUUAUCUAACAGUCUUUCUUUAUCCUGCAAUAUAGUCAUACUAUUCAUUUGUAGAAAAAAAAAAAAAAGAAAAGCAAAACAAAAAAAAGUGAAGAAGCCAAUUAAUUUCUUAACCUAGUACAUAUCCUUAAGUUAAGAUCUGGAUUUAUUUCUCUAGUUUUCUUUUUUCUACUUUAGUAACAAUACAAUACCAAAACAAAAUGCUUUAUACUGUAUCCUUGGCUUAAAAAGAUUUAAAGUUUUACAUCUUAGAGUGUGUCUGUUUAUAAAUCACAUGCCACAUCCUAUCGUAUAGGAAAGAAGGACAUUUUUCCAACAACACAUUGUACAGUCCAUUUAAUCUGUAAAUUGCAAUUGUAUUUGUCCAAGUAAAGUGUAGGUGGGCAAUUCUCCUGUGUUAUGUAGUGGCAUUGGUGAUGUAGCUGGACAAUAUGUGAUAAUUGUGAAAACAAAAGAGAA